CCCACACCAGGAUGAAACGCAUUGCAGAACGGCAUUUGUGGAGAGAGAUCGCGGCGACGACACGAGCGAGUGGAAGACGGCCUGCACGCUCAUCAUGGCAGCAACAGCGAUGGAGUUCCGUGUCACAAAGGCCCGGGUCAGACAGAGUACACUUCCCCGGCGCGGUCAAUUCCCGCUUCACGACCGCCCUCAAUUUUGCGAGAGCGACAGAAGACGAUGCCAUGCCUACAUUCCGGAUUCUGGAUCAAGAAGGUCGUGUGAUUGAUCCCAGUCUGGAGCCACAAAUCAGCGACGAGGAAGUCAUCAAACUGUACACGGAUAUGGUCAGUGUCUCCGUCAUGGAUCUCAUCAUGUUCGACGCCCAGCGACAAGGUCGCAUCAGCUUUUACAUGGUCUCUGCGGGUGAAGAGGGCAUCGCCGUGGGCAGUGCCAGUUCCCUCCAUCCCGACGACCCCAUCUUCGCGCAAUACCGCGAGACGGGAAUUUUCCAACAUCGCGGCUUCACCUUUGACGACUUCAUGGCGCAACUCUUCGCCACCAAAGACGACCCGGGACUCGCUCGCAACAUGCCCGUGCAUUACGGAAGCACCAAGUACCGCAUCCACACCAUCAGCAGCCCGCUCGCGACUCAACUCCCUCACGCCUCCGGAGCGGCAUAUGCGGUCAAAUUACAAAACCAACUCAACCCCACCGACGAGCCCCGCGUGGUCGCCUGCUACUUUGGCGAAGGAGCGGCUUCCGAGGGCGAUUUCCACGCCGCACUCAACAUCGCCGCCACGCGAGCCUGUCCCGUGAUAUUCAUCUGUCGCAACAACGGCUACGCCAUCAGCACUCCGACCCUGGAACAGUACCGCGGCGACGGCAUCGCUUCCCGGGGGGUCGGCUACGGAAUUGACACGAUCCGGGUCGACGGCAAUGACAUUCUCGCCGUGCGCGAAGUCACUGCACGCGCGCGCCAACGGGCUCUCCAAGAUGCUGGAGAAGGAAAAUGUCGACCCGUCCUGAUCGAAGCCAUGAGCUAUCGCGUCUCCCACCACAGCACCUCAGACGACUCAUUCGCGUACCGCGCACGCGUCGAAGUCGAAGACUGGAAACGCCGAGAUAAUCCCAUCACGCGCCUGCGCAAGUGGAUGGAGGAUGGAAGGGGGAUUUGGAAUGAGGAAAAGGAACAGACGUUGCGCAAGGAGACGAGGAAGAAUGUUUUGACGGCGUAUCGAAAGGCGGAAAAGGAGAAGAAACCGCCGUUGGGGUCGUUGUUGAGGGAUGUGUAUAAGGAGCCGACGGAGGAGUUGCUGGAGCAGGCUGCUGCGUUGAAAAGUGUGAUGGAAAGGUAUCCGGAUGAGUAUGAUGUUGCCGAGUUUGUGGGUGGAAUGGAUGGAUUGAAGAUUGACACUCACAACAAGAAGAAGACGUGAUUGAUAUUUAGGUAUGGUAGGUACCUACAGAUAUUAUAAAUCCUCCAACCCCAGC